CCGGGCAUCUAGGAAGGACCCCCUUUCAUUUUGGUAUUUUGGGAAAUUUUUUGAACCCUCCUUCAAAUCCUGGAUCCGCCCCCGUAUGCAAUAUCAUUUUGUGAGGCAACAAUGAAUCCUAUAUGGUUGAAAUAUUGAUUGAUAAACCACAUUCAGAAGUCGAUAUAUAGGUUAGCAAUUUAGAAACUAAGAAUACGGCUACCUUUUGUGUAAUAAUAUAAUCCAACUUUGUAAUCAAUUUUCUUUUUGUUUCAUGUAUCAAUAUCGUAACCCCGCGUUGUGCAAGCUUAGUUCAGUUGUGCAAACUGGGCUGAGACGAUCACCAUGGCUCUGUUUUACCAUCUUAUGAAGAUUUUGUUUCUGGGAUUUAUAUUAAUUUGCAAAUCUGACUCCUGCACCAGUCCGCUUGGAAUUCAAGAUGGAACCAUUCCUGAUAACCAACUGACAGCUUCAAGUCGAUAUAACAAUGAACACAAGCCUCACCGCGCUAGACUACACUCAACAAAAGCCUGGGCAGCACGCAGCAACGACGGAAAUCAGUGGAUACAAGCUGAUAUUGGUGCCUUGACUGAAAUAACUGGAGUAAUCACACAAGGCCACUACAGUUAUAAUGAAUGGGUGAAAUCUUAUGAAGUUCUUUACAGUGUUGAUGGCAGUGACUUUAACACAAUAAGUACAUCCUGCUCCAGUCCGCUUGGAGUUGAAGAUGGAACAAUUCCUUCUGAACAUUUGACAGCAUCAAGUGAAGUUAACAGCAAUUAUGGGCCUCAUCGUAGUAGACUGAACACUGUAGGCUGGCCAGGAGCUUGGGUAUCAUUAACUCUUGACCAAAAACAGUGGAUACAAGCUGAUCUAGGGGCUUUGAAACAAAUAACAGGAGUGAUCACGCAAGGUCGACAAGACCAUGAUCAAUGGUCAAAGUCUUAUGAUGUUUAUUACAGUGUUGAUGGCACCGAUUUGAUCCCUGUCUUUGCCACAAAUUGUGAUGUUUUAGUGUUCUCUGGAAAUUUCGAUCGCAAUACCGCCGUCACCAAUGUGUUGCCUUAUCCUGUUUACGCUCAGUACAUCCGUAUUCAUCCAUUAAGCUAUCAGGGAUGGCACGUUAGUCUAAGAUUUGAAGUUAUUGGAUGCACAGAUUUAUCUCAGAUGGAGAAUGCAACUUAUCCAGAUUGUGUGGCAUGUCCGUUUGGUUGGUUGCGCAAUGAAGGGUCAUGCUAUUACUUUCACCCUGGUCCGGAAACCUUUGAUAAUGGACAAAGAAUUUGCAGAGAACUUGAUUCCGGGUUGGUCGUAAUUAAUUCUGCAGAAGAGCAUGAAUUGGUGCAUUCUCAAAUGGGCACUAAUAUCUUUUUCGGCUUACAUGAUCGAAAUAUCGAGGGGUUUUUUGAAUGGACAAUUGAACGUAGCCGGUGGAGUGACUACCAACCUUGGUCAUGGGGUGAGCCUAACAAUUAUGGCGGGAAUGAAGAUUGUGGACAAUUAUACUCGCAUGCAUAUAAUGAUAUACCCUGUACGUUUAGUUUGGGUAUAUGUUGUGAAAGAGAACCUUACCUCAUCAGCGACCCUGCGGAUGUCUCUAAUGUAUAUGAUCGACCGUUGAAUCUUGUUCAAAUAAUAAAAAGAGCAAGCAUAAACGAUUACAGAAAGGUACUAAUAAAAUGCUAUUCUAUUGGUGACCAUGCUACAGAGAAUAUAUUUCUUGGUAAGUCGGUGUCUUUAGUAAGAUACAGCACUCAGGGAGACGAGGUUCUCCCAUCUGCAACAACUGGAGAAAACUCUGAUCUCCCUGAUGACUUAAAAGCUACUACCGAAAGCUCAUAUAUUAGGAUUUAUGAAAUUCCAAAAACAACAGGAGUUGAGCGUUACGGAGCAUUCUCAUGUCGUUCGGAGGUCAAUGGUCAAAACACAGUUAUUCAUGGCAUCACCUAUAUGAAUACUGCAAACAUUACGGUUGAUGCAACUAAAAGAACUGUAGUAAUUGGUUUGGGAGAAACAGUGACGCUGACUGUUGAUGCAACAACAGCUGAAAAUCUUCGUUGGAGACACAAUAACAAAUUUAUGUAUGGUAACUCAAUGCGUAAUGUGAUGAGUCUUACUAUUACGAAUGCUCGUCGAGAAGAUGAAGGUGUGUACGAGUGUUAUUAUCAAGGAGAACGUCAUAGAGGAGCACAUGCUUUCAUGUAUCUUUAUGUUACAGAGUGUCCAACGUCAUAUUGUGGUAUACCAUCAUGUGGUCUACAUUGUCCAAUUUGCUACAAUGGUGGAAAAUGUGAUGCUAGAUCUUGCACCUGUAUUUGUCCUAAUGGGUUUGAAGGGGAGUUUUGUGCGGAAGGCAAAAGCGAUCAAUGCUUUGGCAUUGAAGGAUGCAACUUUUAUAUCAAAUAUAUUGAAAAGAAGACGUUGUGUUACCCACCACCGAUUGGCUGCAGUUGUCUAUCAGGAUUCACGGGCAUUGAAUGUGAUGAAGAAUGUGUAGCUCCAAAUUUUGGAAUGAACUGUAUGCAGACAUGUCAUUGUGAUUCCGGCUGCAAUACAACCAUUGGAUGUUCCAACUCGUCAAUAUGUUCUUCUGGGUUUACCGGACCCACUUGCUUAGAAUAUGAGGCAGAUACUCCCUGUCCAAUUGGAUACUUUGGAGAACAAUGUCAUAAGAAAUGUCACUGUGACAAUCAGCAAAACUGCACUAAAACUGAUGGUGGAUGCGAGAAUGGAUGCCAGAUGGGCUGGGCAGGAGAAGGCUGUCAAAUAGCUUUACCAGCCCUGUAUGACUCACCAUGGAUUGUGGGUCGUGAGGGUAAUAGUGUAACUAUCAGCUGGAACAGGUGGAUACAUGAUCACGAUUUUGGCCUUGGUCCAGUCGUCAACUAUAGAGUCUAUCUAUGGGACUCAUGGCACCCGGCACCUGAUAUAACACCAGCAUUAGUGGGCGUCACAAAUAGAACAACGUGGGAAGUGACAGGAUUGCAGCCGUCUUCAGAAUACUCAGUCGUGGUUCGACCUACCAAAAAAGUGAACAAUUUCCUAGUCGGUGGAAAAAACAGUCCUGUGCUUUGGAUCCCAGUGUAUCAACAAUGUGAAUCGGGGUGGAUGAGUUUUGAAAAUCAAUGCUUUCAUGUUGUUGAUACAAUGAUGUCCUGGGAUGAAGCUGACACAUACUGCAAGAGAAGAAAAUCACAUUUAGUUCACUUCACUUCCGCCAAAAUCAAGCUCUUUGUACUGCACAUGCUGGAAGUGCAACAAAUCAGUUCAACUAAUGUGCUGGUUGGAAUGAAUGACAAGGAUGACGAGGGCGCUUAUUUCUGGGAUGGAUACAAUUACGCUGUCAGAACAUUUUUUAUGGGUACACCAGAUUGGCACUAUAAUCUGACGGAUACACCUGAUGCUGAUUGUAUUGUUGUAUAUGUUGAGGAUGACUUUUCUCUACAGAAAAUUGGUUGCAGUGCUACUGACAUGGGAAUACCGGUCUGUCAACAAAGCAUAAAUCCACCCGGAAUGAUUGCUCAUGAAAAUUCUUUCUAUUACUUUGACACAACACCAUUAAACUGGGAAAAAGCAGAAUAUUUUUGCUCUUAUAAUGGAGGAACGUUGGUGGUGAUUGGCUCAGAGGAGGAGAAUGAAUUUGUGAUGCAGUCAUUCCAAGACCUAGACACAGAUGUCAGUCAAGUUUCCAUAGGCUACCAUCAUAGAAAUAUUGAAACUGUGUUUGAAUGGUUCGGAACCAAUGAAUGGAGUGUAUAUAAAAAUUUCAUGGCCUCCAAACCUGAUGGUAACGGUUUCUGUGUUGCCCUUUCUGUUGACAAUGGAGAAUGGUUUGAUCUGCCUUGUAAUGAACCUGCUGCUUUUGCUUGUGAAAUAAGCUAUGUAGAAUUUCUACCUGUCAAUGUGUCAACAUCAGAUUUGCCUCGCCUCAUAGCUAAUCCGCAAAUUGAAGAAUCGUUUUCUAGAACGUAUUUGAGGUGGGAUGAGUGGACAGAAGGGGUUGAUCAAGGAGAAGGUCCAGUAGACAACUACCGUAUCGUCUUGUUCCUGUCCGGUUCCAGUGACGAGUAUGCUGUUAUUGGGCAAACUACAAAUAGCGAGACGUCUUUUGAGACAACGGACUAUAAUUCGGCAGUGGUGGAUAAGCCAAAAUUUGGAGUCAUGGUAGGAAAAAGGAUCAGGCCUUUCCAGAUAUUAUAUGGUAAGUUUUGGUUAUGCUCUGUCUACACUUUUGUUACAAAUUUGUGUGAUGUGCCCACAUAUGGGUAUGAUGAUGUCAUAUUACACCCAAAUUUGGGCAUUUUACAUUUAUUUGACUCAUACAAUUUGAUAGUGUGUACAGAGCUUGAGAAUAAAGCUUACGUUAAAGAAAAACUAACUUGUACACUAUUGUUUGCUAGAAAUAAAUAAACUUACUAAAAAAAAUAUGAUAAUGUCUAAUAAUAUCAGCAAACCAAAACGCCUCUGAGGUUAUUUCCGGGCGUCUAUAAAA